UCAUGGAGUGCUGACAUAUAUUGUGGGCGUGCCAUUUUCCAAAGUUGACACACGUCUUCAAUGGUUUCUAUUUCUUCGAAGAAACAUGGAGAUGUGGAGACGUCAAAACCUGCUGUUCAUAACCUGCAUUGCUCUGAUCUGUGUGGCCAGUACAGCAGCAGUGAUCCAUGUGUCUGGAUAUGAAGGGAGAGAUGUUAAUGUUUCCUGCUCCUAUGGAGAAGGUUAUGAGUCCUAUGAGAAAUACCUGUGCAGGAAUGACUGUGGCGACAGUGAUGUUCUGAUUACGACUACAGAAGCAAAGAAGAACAAAUACUCCAUCUAUGAUGACAAAAAGAGAAGAGUCUUCACAACGACCAUCUCUGAUCUGAGCUCUGUGGAUGCUGGGAAAUACUGGUGUGGGGUGACCAGGACUGGAAAGGAUAUCUACACUGAAGUAAGACUGGAAGUAGUGCCAGACAGCUGCUGUGAUCGUUCCACCAACAUUCAAAGUUAUGAGGGAGGUUCAGUGUCCAUCAGUUGUUCAUAUGAGUCUGAGGACCAGAACAACCUGAAGUACAUCUGCAGAGGAAAGCAGCCCUCCACAUGUCUGCAGCAGGCACUAAUCACCUCUGACAACAAACGAAAAGGACGGUUCAGACUUACUGAUGACAAGGAGUCAAGGAAAUUCACAGUGAAUAUUACCAGUUUGACCCAAGAGGAUUCUGGGUCGUACCUUUGUGGCGUCCAUAGAAACACUGGCCUGGAUGUUUUCUCUGCUGCUGAGCUGGAAGUCAAAGUGUUUCCGACCAGCACUGUAAUCUCUACCACCAUUGUGGAAACUGUCAGAUCACAACAACCCAUAUCAACCCAUAUCCCUAGCAAACCUCUCAAAGAUCCAUCUCUCUUUCACUCUGUGGUUUUCAUUGUGCCUGCUGUGCUGCUGCCCAUACUCAUAUUUGCCCUGGUUAUAGUUUGUAAAUACAAAUGUUACAAAGAGCAAGGAGGUGGAGUCAACAUGAACAGAAACGAGACUAAGGCAGCAGAUGCAGAGGAAGCGAUGGGUGGAGCAGAUAUUUAUGAAAAUCAAGAAGUUGUGGCAGGCUCAAUGAAGGGGAGCUCCAAAAAGCAGAGCACCAGCCACCAGUAUGUUGAUACAGGUGGAGACCAACAAGAUUCUAUUUAUCAAAACUUCAACAUAACAGAUGACAUCUACUGUAACGAAUUUUACAGUAAAGGAGAAAAGAGAUAAGAGAGAAUCUUGUAUUUUUUACUCACAUUUAUAGCAAAGUUAUCCUGUUUGUAUUUCUUAAAAAUCUGUCCAACAGCCUGUCUCAUUUUAUAAUUACCAUCUGACUUAUUCAGUACUUGCAUUUUCAUUUAUUUAACUUUUAUUUUAUACGUUUGCUUUCACCUGUACACUUUUUAUGAUGCUUACUGUUAAUAUAACAAACAGUUUAACACACCUGCACUCCUUGUAAGAAACUGAGAAUGUUAGUUUUAGCUAAAUACCCCAAAUAUAAGAUACCUACAUGUGUAUAUGUACCUCUGGUAAGAGUGAAUAAAGGAAACCAAGAAAAUCCAGUCUUUACAAAGCAUAGUAAUCCAAGUAUAAUCCAGAUUUUUCAUGGAUUGAAAUAAAGUGGUGCAAAGCAACAAAAUAUA